AAUUCCACGCACAAGUACAGUUUGAAUGCUAGCUCAAAUAUAUAUUAGCUUCAAUUAUCCAUCCUCUGAUAAUAUCCUUGUCAAAUUUAAGUUCAUUCAUGUACGUACAGCAGCUCGAUCUCACUCGCCCUCUGUUCUCCUUUGGUCGACGCUAUUAACUACCUCCAACAUACAAUGAAUCCUGAGGAAUCCAAGAAAACCGUCGUUUCAGUCGGACCGUUUGGAUCACCGACGUUGCGAGGUACACCCUUUAAUGAUGGAAUACACUCAGCAGUGAAAGGUUUGGCGAUAGAAUAUUUGGAAGGGCACACAAUUGUUAACGUCCGGUUUGAAUAUGACGACGACGGAAUCUCAGUUUGGUCAGACAAGCAUGGUGAAGUAAAGAUCCCUUUGGAUCUCUUGUCAGGGCUCUCCGAAGUGCUCACCGACAGCAACAAAGUCAGAAGAGAAACAAUAAACAAAGUCAGAAAAGAAACAAUUAGAUUCAAUUAUCCGGACGAAUUUUUAACUGCAGUUCAUGGACGGUAUUGUGACAACUUGUUGGGUGCCGUACGCGUCGUCAACUCACUUACUUUUAAGACCAAUAGAAAUACUUACGGACCCUUUGGUUGGACGUCUCAAAAUGAAAAACUGAUCAACUUAGUCCCUUGUUUCUCAAUUCAUAUGCCUGGAAGUGAGAUUGUUGGCUUUCAUGGCAGAUCAAGCCGGAAUAAGUGGUUGGGUGGUAUUUAUUCAAUAGGAGCCUAUGUAAAGCCUUAUCAUCAACAAAUUGAAUACCCUCCGUCAAAAGCUCUGAUGCUUUAUCCAUCAGAACCUCCAUGUCUACCUGAAUUUCAUUCUCAAACCAAGCUCAAUAAAGAUGACAGACCUCAAAACCAUAAACAUUAUGCAGUUUCAAAUAUUCAAGUUAGCAGAAAUGAGGGAGAUUACAACGGAGCUUUCCAUUUGGGCGACAUAUAUGCAAACUGUUAUAUAUCGAAAAACCACUCAUAGAGCACAACCAAUUUCAACCAAACAAGAGUCGUCAAUCCAGAUAACAUAGGGCUAGAUGAAGAUCUCGGUUACGCCUUGAGAUGACACCUUCUAGCAGCUAGAGAGACUCUCCCUUGGUGCAUCCUGGCAAACAACAAGAUGAUCCAAGUUAUUAAAUUCUACUCUUUUCGACCCAAAAAAAAAAAAAAUUAGAAAAUAUGGUGUCCCUUAAUGCGGACCCUAUAUAUAUAUAUAUAUAUAUAUAUA